GGCACAAUCGCUUCCCCACCCUUACUAGCAAUGCAGCAUCAACCUUCGCGUACACAGAAGCUAAUGCUCACCUCCUUCAUGCCAAUACAAUGCCACUGUCAACUUACAAGAAGCUGUGCACCGACCGAUCAACCAUCCAGCUGCCAUGCGCUCUCCUGAUCACCCCGUGACUGUGACAGACAGUGAAAUGCCAGGCCAGCCGCCCGUAUCCGGGCGGGUGCUGGCCGACUAUUUCUCCCGCGCCUUUUCGGAGUUUCGGCAGUCUGGCGCCAAGCUCUCCAUUGUCUGCAGCUCGUCGCCGGCUGCGCACCGUCAAAAUGGCCUGCCGACGCCGAUUCCGCCCCGGAUCCGCCCCCGCACGCUUAUCGUGCUAGACUCGUCCUUCAACCCGCCGACCCGGGCCCACCUGCGCAUGGCCGUAUCGUCGAUCCGCCAUCUUGUUAACAAAAAUAAGAACAGAAACGGCCAGCUCCAGCCCUUGGACACGCUGCGCCUGCUGCUCUUAUUGUCGAUCAACAACGCCGACAAGGCGCCCAAGCCGGCCGCGUUCGACCAGAGGCUCGCCAUGAUGUGGGCGUUUGCUCGAGACCUGCAGCGCCAGCUACAGAGUGACAGCGAUGCUGAGGGGGUCGAGGGAGGGCAGGAGGAGGAGCAGGGAGGAUUAACGGCCGAUCUAGGCCUCUCCACACUACCGUAUUUCCACGAAAAGAGCGCCGCCAUUGCCGAGUCGGAUUUCUACUACGGCCACGCCGCCGGUGACGGUGACGGUGACGGUGACGGUGGGAUGGACCAGCUGAUGCUUGUGGGCUACGACACGCUCAUCCGUAUUUUCAACCCGAAAUAUUACCACUCAUCAUCCACUGAUGAUGGGCCUGCGACGACGCCGAUGCAGCAGGCUCUUGAUCCACUUUUCGCGCGCGCCAGGCUGCGCAUGGUUAUGCGGGCGGACGACGAGUGGGGGAGCGCAACUGAGCAGCGGGCGUAUCUGGCGGACCUGCUCGAGGCGGAUGGGCUGAGCAGGGUGGGCGGGAGGAAAGAGUGGGCUAGCAGGAUCGAGAUCGAGAUGGUUGAGGGAGGACGUGGUGCUGGCGCGCAGGACGUCGCCGUCAGCAGCACCUACGCGCGGGCCGCGGCAAGAGACGGUGAUUCGCAGAGGCUGGACAAGAUGGUUUCGCCCAGUGUGAGGCAGUGGAUAGAGCAGGAGGGGCUCUACACAGAGUGAAUCUGCGACAGUAUGUAGAUGGAAAGACUAGAGACAUCACACAUUGCCGAAGCGUAGAGGUGGUUAGUGAUUUGGUUUGGAACUGCCAUCAACGGCACUCCGGUAGACAUUCUGAAGAGAGAUUCAGAACAGUGUGCCCAACCCUAAGGGAAAGCCACGAUCGGCUACCAGC